AUGAUAGAGGAGGGCAGUAAACGAGGCAAAGCGAUGGUGGAGAAGAGACAACUCUUCAUGGAGAUGAGGGCACAAAACUUUGACGUCAUCAGGCUGUCAACCUAUAGGACGGCCUGCAAGCUAAGAUUUGUGCAGAAGAGAUGCAACCUUCACUUGGUAGAUGUGUGGAACAUGAUCGAGGCGUUCCGUGAUAGCGGUCUGAACACGCUGGACCACAACGCAGAGAUCAACGUGUCUCGACUGGAGACUAUCCUGUCCUCGAUCUAUUACCAGCUCAAUAAGCGUCUUCCCACCACACACCAGAUCAACGUAGAGCAGUCCAUCGGCCUGCUGCUCAACUUCAUGGUGGCCACAUACGACAGUGAAGGCCACGGGAAACUGACCGUUUUCUCGAUGAAGUGCAUGUUGGCAACGAUGUGUGGAGGGAAAAUAGUGGACAAACUACGUUAUAUAUUCUCCCAGAUCUCUGACUCUAAUGGUGUGAUGGCCUUUGCUAAGUUUGACCAGUUUCUGAGGGAGGUUCUAAAGCUGCCCACAGCUGUGUUCGAGGGCCCGUCGUUUGGAUACACAGAACACUCCGUACGGACAUGCUUCCCUCAACAGAAGAAGAUCUUGCUGAACACGUUUUUGGACAUUUUGAUGGCAGAUCCUCCCCCUCAGUGCCUCGUGUGGCUACCUCUCAUGCACCGGCUCGCUAAUGUUGAAAAUGUCUUCCAUCCCGUGGAAUGUUCCUAUUGCCGGAGUGAAAGUAUGAUGGGGUUCCGUUACCGGUGCCAACAGUGCCAUGGCUACCAACUCUGUCAGAGCUGCUUCUGGCGUGGCCAUGCCAACGGUCCCCAUAGCAACCAGCAUCAAAUGAAGGAGCACUCCUCUUGGAAGUCUCCGGCUAAAAAGCUGAGCCACGCCAUCAGUAAGUCUCUGGGCUGUGUCCCCAUUGGAGAGCCACCUCACCCAAUGUUCCCUGAGCAGUCGGAGAAACCGCAGGACACCAUGGCCCACACUGUUCAGCCGAAGCCAGUGGUCAACAACAUGAACAACACAAUGCUCAUGUCGUCUGGGGCACCUACUCCUACUAAAAGUGUCUUAGAGAGUCCCAGCAGGCUAGAAGAGGAGCAUCGUCUCAUUGCUCGCUAUGCAGCGCGCCUGGCAGCUGAGGCAGGCAACUCCACAGUGAGUAGCUCCACACAAUGUCCUCCAACAGAUCUGAGUUUCAACUUUGAUGCCAACAAACAACAGAGGCAGCUAAUAGCAGAACUAGAGAACAAGAACAGAGAGAUCCUUCAGGAGAUCCAGCGACUGCGUCUGGAGCAUGAGCAGGCCUCCCAGCCCACCCCCGAGAAGGCCCAGCAAAACCCCACACUGCUGGCCGAACUCAGACUCCUUAGGCACAGGAAGGAUGAGCUGGAGAGGCGCAUGUCAGCCCUACAGGAGAGCAGACGGGAACUGAUGGUCCAGCUCGAGGGACUGAUGAGGCUACUCAAGGAUGAGGAGCAGAAGCAGGCAGCCCAGACAGGAGGCUCACCCCACUCUUCCCCCAGCCACGGGGCAGGCUGCUCCAUGCCCAUGCCCAUCCGCUCCACCUCAGCUGGGUCCACCCCCACCCACACACCCCAGGACUGCCUGGCCGGGGUGGGGGGGGACGUGCUGGAGGCCUUCGCUCACGGUGUACCUAGAAAUCUUCGUAAUGAUCUGUUGGUCGCUGCAGAUUCAAUCACAAACACCAUGUCAUCCCUCGUCAAAGAACUCCACUCAGUAGAUGAUGCGGCAGAGGAAGAGGACAACAACAUGAGGAACGGAGGUCUAAGGGACAGGGCCGAGGCAGAAUGAAAGGAGUGGAAAAAGCACAGUGAGAGAAGUAAAGCAUCGAGGGAGCAACAACCACUCCAUCUAUACCGGAUGUCAGACUGGACAUGACUGGAAAAGAAGAAUCCAAAUGAGAAUCAGUCACAACAACCAAACCCUUCUAUCAGACAUAAGCACGUAGAGUAAUGCAUGCUGUUAUCAAACAGGAUUUCACUAUGUGAACUACUAUCAAACAUGUUUAUUACGCCCUGCUGCGGAA